UGUCUGGUCUUGAGAGAGUGAGAGACUUGGAAAGAGGUUUAACUUCAGGGUUAAUUAAUCUCUACAAGUCUCAGAGACUAUGAGGAAGCAGUCUCAAAAAACAGUGGAAGCUCCAUCUGUAGAAGAGAUGGAAGAAGUAAGAGUAAGAGAGUAUGAUAAGGAGAGAGACAGAGAAGCUGUGGAAGAGAUGGAGAAAAGAUGCGAGCUUGGGUUGCAGGGAAAGCCUUCUCUCUCUACUGAUCUCAUGGGCGAUCCAACUUGCCGCAUCCGCCACUCUCCUUCCAAUCUCAUGUUGGUUGCAGAGUAUGGAGAAAGAAAAGAGAUAGUUGGGGUGAUAAGAGGAUGUAUAAAGACAGUGACGAGAGGGAAGAAGGUAAUGAGUAACUUCCCUAUAUUUGCGAAGGUGGCUUACAUUCUUGGACUGCGUGUAUUGCCCACACACAGGCGUUUGGGCAUUGGGACGAAGCUGGUGGAGAAGUUGGAGGAGUGGUGCAAGAAAGAAAGUGUUGAAUACGCAUACAUGGCCACGGACUGCACCAACGAGGCCUCCAUCAACCUCUUCACACUAAAAUGCGCCUAUGUCAAGUUCCGCACUCCUACGGUCCUUGUCCAGCCGGUGCACGCACACUACAAGCAUAUAGGCAGAGGAGUCACAAUUGCCCAACUCGCGCCGCAACUCGCCGAGUCAAUCUAUCGGCGAGUCUUCGCAAACUCGGAGUUCUUCCCCAAGGACAUAGACGUAAUUCUCUCAAACAAACUCAACCUGGGCACAUUCAUGGCCUUGCCCAAGGGAACUCUUCACAAGUGGGACCUACAAUCCGGUCACCUUCCACCGUGCUUUGCUAUCUUGAGCGUGUGGAACAGUAAAGAAGUGUUCAAGUUGCAGGUAAAAGGAGUAUCUGCGCUAAAAUACGCGUUAUGCGUUGGGAGUCGAAUACUAGACGCGUGGAUGCCAUGGCUAAGGAUACCAUCCAUACCGGACGUGUUUCGGCCGUUUGGGGUUUAUAACUUAUAUGGACUGCACAUGGAGGGAGAAAAGGGUGCUUCGCGGCUUAUGAAGAGUCUAUGUACAUUUGCACAUAAUAUGGCCAGUGAUGAUCCUGGAUGUGGGGCCCUCGUGGCUGAGGUAGGAAGGAUGGACCCAGUGAGAGAAGCGGUCCCACAUUGGAGGAGAUUUUCUUGGGCUGAGGACUUGUGGUGUGUCAAGAAAUUAUCAACGGUAGAGAAUGAGGACAAGACUUGUGGGGUCCCUAAUUGGAUCACUUCUCUUCCAUCCUCACCAGUGAUUUUCUUUGACCCUCGAGAUUUUUGAUUUUUCUAAUUGCAAAAUUAACAAAAAGAA